CACCUAAGGAAGGACUUAGGAGGUUGCAGCUAAGCAGCCUUCAAACUUCUAAAAUGGAGAUGAAAGAAAGCUUUCAGACUCACCAGGGCAGGGCAGAACGGGAGUGAAGGCGUUCCCUGGGAGGCGUACAGAGCUGUAGCACUGAGGCUCUCUACCCGUCUCAUGUCAACCUCCACAUGUGUCCGUCGACACAGGAAAAGCCACAUGACUGAAGGAUGGCUAUUCCAUGAUACCUGACCUAGACUGAGGCUUCUCCUGUCCCACCAGUGUUCUGCCUCCCACAGAUCAGUUGCAAGCCCAAGUCAAGUGGCAUCACCUUCAUUUCCUUGUUCCUGAAUUAGGGGGCCAGGACGGGAUGGCAGGCUGGUUUCGACAGAUCCUGCAUAAGCCCAAGAAACGUCAUGUGCGGCCACACACCAACACCAGGGAUGGCCUAGAGCUACCCUCCCAAAGCAGUUCUCUGCCUGAGACUGAGGAAUCUACCAAGGUUCCCACCCCAAACCCAGCAGACACAGAGAGCACAAGCAGCGGCUCUCGGUGGUGCAAAACUUAUGACGUGUGCGUGUGUCACAGUGAGCAAGACCUGAUGCCUGUCCAGGAAUUGGUUUCCUAUCUGGAGGGCGAGCCCAAUGGACUUCGAUGCUUCCUGCAGCUUCGGGACGCAGCCCCGGGUGGUGCCAUCGUGUCAGAACUGUGCCAGGCAAUGGGCAACAGCCACUGCUGUGUACUAUUUAUCACCCCGAAUUUCCUUCAGGACCCCUGGUGCAAGUACCAAAUGUUACAGGCACUAAGUGAGGCCCCCGGGUCCGAGGGCCACACCAUACCUCUGCUGUUCGGCCUGGCCCGAAGCGAUUACCCCCCUGAGCUCCGAUUCAUGUUCUACGUGGAUGGCAAUGGCCUUGACAAUGGAUUUGGAAAGGUCAAGAACACAGUCUGGCGUUAUCUGCAAAAAUUUAGCUGAGAUGUAUACCCCAACUUAUCACCAUGGAGCCCAGGAUGUUGGAGCAAGACUGGACUUGGAGCUAGAGGGGCCACUGAGGGUCUCCAGAAAGCUCUGGUGGAGAACAGACAGGUGCUAUGAGGAUUCAUGGCCUCAACAACAUUUCUGUUCUGCCUCUGAGAGAGCCUAUAGCUGGCUUCUCCAGGACUUGGGAUUUCCCUUCCCAAGAACUCAACUCUGGCCAUGGGAAAAUUCAGGAUCCAAGACAUUCAGGUUGCUGCUAAUGUCACUCCCUCAGACCAUUUCUUAGGCAGGAUGAAUGUGUUAUUUUGGUUUCUGUCCAAAAGGAAGUCUUGCCUCCAUAAUUCUGCAUGAAGCCUAUCACAUGCCUGUGUGUUCUUCCCCCUCAAGCAUGGGCAUAUUUGUGUAACUCUGUGUCCCUGCCCAGGGAGAGAGCUACUGAUCUACUCCAUCUGGCAAGGCUACAGAACAUACUAAAAGCCUCUAUUAGACUAAAGAAUUUCGGCUCAACGGGAGGAAAUAUAACUGGUGCCAGUUCCUCCCCGUUUGUGGCUCUCCUAUUUCCCCUACCUUCUCCAACCCAUCUUUAUAAAGCUCUUUAAACGAAAUGUCUGGGGCAGCUAGGUGGCGCAGUGGAGAGAGCACCAGCCCUGAGAUUAAGA